AUGCGUCACCAUGUGAUUAAACUCCCGCACGUUAGAGUAAUUGAGUUCACAGCACCGCUUCUUGACGUUACACGGUUCUCAAAGCUGUCUACUGCGCUGCGCACAGUCGCAAGAGUAGACUAUUUUCUCCACCGAGUUGCAUCAAGGGUGAACGAGAAAAGACAUACGCCCAUUCAAAUCGCAGAGAAGUUACGACUCAGCAUAGCCACGGCAGAAACUUUCGUUCAUGCAGAUGUUAACAAAAUCAUCGAUGAAAGUGAGCUCAGUAGAGAAUUCAGGAACAUGCUUAUCACUCGCGAUAAGGACGGCAUCAUAAGGCACAUGCUACGCCUAAGCUGUGGAAAACAUGUCAGCAGGGGGAUUCUUGAACAGCCUCAUUCGUUUUAUAUUGAGACGAGGCGUCCCCCACAUAAUCCGCUUCAUAAAAAAUCCAAUCUGCAUAUAAUCAGAAUGCAGGCCAGUCCAGCUGGGCUCGAAAAUUACAGUCGAGCUUUCAAAAGCAGCUGA